GAAUAAAUACAAAAUAUAUGGUCUUGUUGUGCCGUCCUAUAAGUUGAUUUUCUAAUGUUUUAAUUUUUUUUUAUCUGUCUCUCUUUUAAUUUUUUUAUCUGUCUUACUGUAUUUGCCAAAACGAAAUGAAUUUUAUAAUAAAUAAAAAGAAAAAUGAAACGAAGUAGAUAAAUAUAGAAAAUCUUAACCAUUAUGACCAAGCUCACUCACUCAGACUAACACUGAAGUCUGAACUGAUCAGAGACACUUUAACUCAUUCAUCAUCAACCUUUAUUUCAAUCAUGGCCACGUCAUCAUCCAUCUCUAGAUUCUCCUCCACCCUCCUCCGCAACAACCACACCGUACAACUCAGAAGUUCCACUAACCUGCAACUAAUCUUCCCGAAGCACUUGGAAUUGAACCACAAGCUGAUCACGUGCCGUGCCACUCGCUCCAGUGCCGUUGCACGUGCCACGAUUAGCGAGGUGGUGGUUGUUAGCAGUGGAGUGGCUGAGAAGGGAAAAGAGGAAGGAAGAGCACUGAGAGUUGGUUUGAUUUGUGGCGGCCCUUCUGCUGAACGUGGGAUUUCGCUUAAUUCUGCUCGAUCAGUUCUUGAUCACUUGCAGGGGGAUGAUUUACAUGUGAGUUGCUAUUAUAUUGAUUGCAAUCUGAAUGCACAUGCAAUUUCUUCUGCUCAGGUAUAUUCCAACACUCCUGCAGAUUUUGAUUUUAAACUUGAAAGCCUUGCCCAAAGUUUCUCGACUUUGGCUGAUUUGGCAGAGCAUCUAUCUGCAGCUGUGGACAUAGUAUUUCCAGUCAUACAUGGUCGAUUUGGUGAAGAUGGUGGCAUUCAGGAAUUGCUGGAAAAGUAUAAUGUUCCAUUUGUUGGUACAGGAUCAAGUGAGUGCUGCCAAGCAUUUGACAAGUAUAAAGCAUCGUCGGAGCUACGGAAGCAUGGAUUCGUAACAGUGCCCAGUUUCUUAGUUCAGGGGUAUGAAACAAACAAAUCAGAACUAUCUGAGUGGUUUAGGAAACACCAGCUCGACCCUGACACGGGGAAAGUUGUGGUAAAACCAACAAGAGGAGGCUCAAGCAUCGGUGUUACGGUUGCAUAUGGUGUGAAUGAUUCUCUUGUGAAAGCCAGUGAAAUUAUGUCUGAGGGAAUUGAUGAUAAAGUGUUAAUAGAAUUAUUUCUUGAAGGAGGGAGUGAGUUUACAGCCAUUGUCCUUGACGUAGGAUCUAGUUCAGAUAGUUUUCCUGUUGCACUACUUCCUACUGAGGUGGAGCUUCAAUUCCUCGGCGAAAAUGACUUGAAAGAGAAUGAUGCAAUAUUUAAUUACCGCAGGAAAUACCUUCCAACCCAACAGGUUGCUUAUCACACUCCACCUCGUUUUCCUUUGGAUGUAAUUGAGAAUAUUCGCAAAGGAGCAUCUAUAUUAUUUCAACAGCUUCACCUCCAAGAUUUUGCACGAAUUGAUGGAUGGUUUUUGCCUGAUUCAGGUUGUAAGCUAUCAUCUUCAGAAAGUGAGUUUGGAAGGUCUGAAUCUGGUACCAUAAUAUUCACUGACAUUAACAUGAUCAGUGGUAUGGAACAAACAAGUUUUCUGUUUCAGCAAGCUUCUAAGGUUGGUUUUUCUCAUACGAACAUCCUUAGGAGCAUUGUUCACCAUGCUUGCUUGCGGUUUCCAAAUCUUGCUUCAGUCAGUGGCAUAUCAAGUCAGAUUCCAAGCAGAUCAAAAUCUUCAGAGCUUAAUAAGUCAUUUCCCCGUCGUGAAGGAGCUCAAAAAGUUUUUGUCAUUUUUGGAGGUGACACAUCAGAACGGCAAGUAUCUCUCAUGAGUGGUACAAAUGUUUGGCUCAAUUUGCUAGGCUUCAAUGAUCUUGAGGUAACUCCAUGUUUGCUUUCCUCAACAAGUGAUUAUGCAUCUAGUGUCGAUAUCGGAAUAAAGGCUGAUGAUGUAUGGAAUAGAACAGUUUGGUCAUUACCAUAUUCUCUUGUGCUACGACAUACUACUGAGGAAGUACUUGAUGCAUGCGUAGAAGCAAUUGAGCCAAAUCGGGCUGCACUAACAUCUGAUCUGCGGAAGCAAGUAAUGAAUGAUCUGAUGGAGGGUUUGAAGGACCACAAUUGGUUUACAGGAUUUGAUAUUGCUAAUGAACUUCCUAAGAAAUUUUCUUUAAGGGAGUGGAUCAAGCUAGCCAAGGAAGUCAAGGCAACAGUUUUUAUUGCAGUACAUGGAGGCAUUGGAGAAGAUGGCAGACUUCAAUCUUUGUUGGAUGCUGAAGGAGUUCCCUACACAGGUCCUGGUGCAUUGGCGUCAAAGAUUUGUAUGGACAAAGUUGCGACUUCUGUUGCUGUAAAUCAUCUUGCAAAUUUGGGAAUUCUUACCAUAAAUAAAGAAGUCUGGCGAAAAGAUGAUCUGUCUAAUAAGCCCAUAAAUGAUAUAUGGCAUGACCUCACCCAGAAGCUACAGUGCGAAACAUUAUGUGUUAAGCCAGCAAGAGAUGGAUGCUCAACCGGGGUUGCAAGAUUACGUUGUUCCAAUGACCUUGCGAUAUAUAUCAAAGCUCUGGAGGACAGUCUACUAAGGAUUCCUCCGAAUAGCUUAUCAAAGGCACAUGGAAUGAUUGAGAUGCCAAACCCUCCUCCAGAACUUUUGAUCUUUGAACCUUUCAUAGAAACAGAUGAAAUAAUUGUGUCAUCCAAAGUUAAAAAUGAGACUGGUCACGGCUUCAUGUGGAAAGGAAACAGUAGAUGGGUGGAAAUAACAGUUGGCGUCAUAGGAAAACGUGGAUCAAUGCACUCACUAAGUCCUAGUGUAACUGUCAAGGAAACUGGUGAUAUUUUGUCAUUAGAGGAGAAGUUCCAAGGUGGGACCGGGAUCAAUCUGACUCCACCUCCCUUGUCAAUUAUGAGCGAGAAAGCUUUGCAGAGAUGCAAAAAACAUAUUGAACUGAUUGCAAACACUCUACAAUUAGAAGGAUUUUCACGUAUUGAUGCAUUUGUCAAUGUUGACAGCGGAGAGGUUUUGAUAAUAGAGGUAAAUACUGUACCUGGAAUGACACCUUCCACUGUUCUAGUUCAUCAGGCACUAGCAGAACAACCACCAUUGUAUCCUCAUCAAUUCUUCCGCACACUACUUGAUUUAGCAUCUGAAAGAUCCAUGUAAAUAUGUUCAAAUGAAUGUUUGAAUUGUUUUCAUGCAAUGUUUAUGAUUACUGGAAGUUAUUGUGUAGCUGCCCUUGAUAAUGUGAAACUCCCGUUUCUUUCUUUUCUUGUUUUCUUCCUAGUAUGUAUGUUUUCAAAUGCUAUCAGACAAGAAUAACACUUCCUCUUGUUUCAUA